CGUACCGACCCUUUGUAUGUGUGUAUUUUUUUUUGCAAAACAAAAUGCACGUUUUAUUUUUGUUUGAUCUUCAUGUUUCCCUAAUCACUUGCAGUCCAAAAAUACACUAACAUGGACAGAUGUGGGGAGAAGAGCUGUUUGGUGUGUUCUCUCUCCAAGUUGCAUAUGAUGGCGAAUCGCUCUUUUCACCCGCGCUUUGAAUUGGCCCCCGUUUGUGCCGUUGUCAGAGUCUGGUUAUUAUAUGAAUAUCUGAAACGGCUGAAUGCAUCUGAAGUUUGAAGAUGAUAGGGUAUCAUUGCUGUGUAUGUAGCUGAUUUUAAAAAAAAUCUAUAGCAAUUCAAAGUGGAAAUACUCUUCCCUAAAUAGUUGGACGUCACUUAUAAACGCUUCAAUUUUGGAAGCACAGGACAAAUGACCAUGGAAUCAGUUGUUGAAUCUCAUCAAGAUGGCUCUGUGACGGAUUCAGUGACAGAUAGUGAAUCUAUCCAAUUACAGGCUCAGAAUUCUCAGACGCAGAUCCCCACUAUUGCACAGGUAUCUGUAGCUGGUAGUCAAGUUGCUUCAGGAUCUCCAGCUGUAACUGUUGUACAGUUACCUUCUGGUCAGACUGUGCAGGUCCAAGGAGUAAUUCAAACUGCACAACCCUCUGUGAUUCAAUCACCACAGAUACAAACUGUUCAGGUAGCUACAAUAGCAGAAACUGAUGAAUCUGGAGAUUCCGCUGAGGUUGUGACUGACUCCCAAAAACGAAGAGAAAUCCUAUCCAGACGACCGUCUUAUAGAAAAAUCCUAAAUGAAUUGUCUUCUGAUGCACCUGGUGUUCCAAAGAUUGAUGAAGAAAAAUCUGAGGAAGAAGGAGCAACAGCUGCUAUCACUACAAUGGCAGUACCAACUUCUAUCUACCAGACGAGUACUGGCCAAUACAUUGCAAUCGCUCAAGGUGGAACUAUUCAGAUUGCAAAUCCAGGAACUGAUGGUGUGCAAGGAUUACAGACGCUUACCAUGACAAAUGCAGGAACACCUCAGCCUGGGGCAACCAUUGUGCAAUAUGCUACACAGUCAAGUGAUGGGACGCAACAGUUCUUUGUUCCAGGUAGCCAAGUCGUCGUUCAAGCUGCAACUGGAGAUAUGCCAACUUACCAAAUCCGGACUCCAACUACCACCCUACCCCAGGGAGUAGUGAUGGCAACUUCACCAGGAACAUUGCAUAGUCCACAACAGCUUGCAGAAGAGGCAACACGUAAACGGGAGCUCAGGCUAAUGAAAAACAGGGAGGCUGCUCGUGAAUGUCGCAAAAAGAAGAAGGAAUAUGUCAAGUGUCUUGAAAAUCGAGUCGCUGUGCUUGAAAAUCAAAACAAGACUCUUAUCGAGGAGCUCAAGGCCCUAAAAGACUUGUACUGCCAUAAAACAGAUUAACAGCUUCAAACUGCCACUUUCAUACUUUUUGAACUCUGACCCAGGCAUGAGAUGUUGCAGUCCAUGGAAUACCAGGUGGAGUUGGGACAGGGACACUUUGAGUAUGAUGUACUCCAAUUUGCUUUGAAUUUUAACCUAGCCUAUGAGUUUGGGAGGGUGGGAAGAAAUCAUGUUGACCUAUAAUGCUGGAAUUGUUCCAGAAGUCCUGAUGUUGCAUAGCAUAUCAAGUAUUUCUCGUUCCUUUUUUGCUUCUGCUGUUUGCAGGGAGGCUGCCAAAGAAUGUCGACGUCGAAAAAAGGAAUAUGUAAAGUGUCUGGAGAGCCGUGUUGCAGUGCUGGAAACCCAAAACAAGCAGCUAAUCGAGGAACUCAAAACUUUGAAAGAACUUUAUUGUGAUAAAUCAGAGUAGUAUUUGUAAUACGAGUCCUGACCAGUUUGAUGUCUACAGCAUCUUUCUUUGAAGAUAAAGCCUCUGCAGCUUCAGACUGCUUUUUAUUUUUUGCUUUGCAAAACUACGUAGAAAACAUCGGAACCUUUAACCUGUAACAUUUCUCAAAAGUUAUUCACAGUAAUAUAUUUUGUUAAGUGUUUGUUGUAUAACUAAAAUUUUGUGGAAAAAAAUGAACAAAAAAAACUUUUGUAAAAACAAUUAGUUAAAUGUGUAUAUACAUAUACUGUACCCUGUUACAAUGUAAUGCAGUACUUGCUAAGUUCUAUUUGUUAAGCAUUUGCAUUUAAGAUUUUUAUGUGUUGCUCAUGCUGUCCUGAAGACACAUGUAAUAUUAUUUUUACACGUGUUUAUUGCUUUUAGUGCCCUAUUAAAUAUGAAAAAAAAUAGAAAAGUAUGCAAGGUAAUUGAAUUAAAUAAUUCAGAAAUUUGACCUAUAUAAAAAGCAUCUACCUUUAAAAGAGGGAAUUUAGAAAGGAAAAUGUAUGUUAUUGAUUAAUUAUAUGUAAAGAGAGUGUUAUAUUCAGUAGCAUUGCAAAACAAAUGGAAUUUAUAGUUAAUUUCUGACUUUCUUUUUAUACAUGUUUUUUUGUGAAAUGUAGCACUGUACUGCUGUCAGUCUAUGCUUAUGUAGUUCAAGAAUCAAAAAUGGAUUUUAAUAGAACCACAUUGGUUAAAAAAACACACCUCUUGUUGUUACUUGAGUAUUUUAAAAAGAGUACAACUUUAGUUGCCUUAAUUAGUCAAUUAUCUUCUGAAGAAAUCAUUUUGGUUCAAAUAGUUACCUAUCAAGAAUGGAAUGAAUGUAUUAGACUUGUUCUCCACUUUUUUUUCCUUCCUCUUCUGGAUGAGUUUACAGCCAAUAAUGUGGAAUUUACUUUGGUUUGUUGUGAAAUGUGUUCUACUAUAAGAUUUUUGUUUUGUAUGUCCUGAAAAGAUUUAAGAUUUUUUUUCAUGUAGCUUUCUUGAUCAGAUAAAAUAUGAAUUCAAAUUAAGUUUCUCCAUGUAGGACUAUUGUGUAAAUUCAUUGUUGUUCAACUUCUUUGUAGUAAUAGAAUUAACUCCUCACUACGGAAAAUUAUUUUUAGGGACCAUGUUUUUUGAAUUCUCAAUUGAUAAUGGAUUAUAUUUACAAAUUGCACCCUUAUUUUUCUUUUCUCCUGUCAAUAGGCAGUUUGCAUUUUCUGUUACCAUAAAAGAUGAAUGAUUGUUUUGUUUUAGAAAUUGCUGUAUCAUUCUUUCCACUACUUCAUUUGGAUACUGUUAUUCUUUAAACUGCUCAAUCAGCACUGCUUCCAUCCAAUUGUUUUUCUUUCAUUUUUAAGAUUCUGGCUGUAUUUUGAAAUUAGCUAUUACCUUUAUUAUAUGCCCCUUGGAACAUCAAGAUUUUCUGGUGUUGAACGUGCAUCAGUCUCUGCUGGUUUCAUCUAUUUAGCACUGAUAGUAAGUUUAGAAAAUAUUACUUUUAGUGCUUUGUUUUACUUUGAGAAUUCUGCUUUUUGGUCAACUCUAUUCUGUUCAGCUCACUCUUCUGUUCCAGAAAAAGAGGGGGAAUAUACAAUUGCUAAACAUUUAGUUGAAUGUCUUAAUUUGCAGAGCUAAAAUUUGCCUCCUUUCUGUUGUUGCUCGUAAGCUUGUCAAUAAGAUAUCAAAUUAUAAAAGUUGUGUAUUUGAAUUUAUCUUAUAUUUAUUAAGGUGUAUUCUUUACUAUAGCAUAUGAAAUACUGUAUUCUACAAGUAAGUUCAGGCAAGGUGCUUGCCUUUUUAUACUUGAAAGUGAAUGUGGUUACAACUUCAUCUUCUGAGUUCCAAAACUGUGUGCAUGGAAGAACACCAAAGUUCCACUUGUAAGGACUCUUUUUAAAAAAAAAUUAGUCCAUCAGUUACAUAAUUCUUUUGACAGAAAAUUGUUGCUUUGACUGUAGUUAGUAAAUUUCUCAAACGAUUUGUCAU